CGAGAUGCGCGUAACAUCAUCCAGUGGUCCAUUGGCUGUUUACAGAAUACCAUUUCUCCGUUCAGACGCCGCGCCGACCAUCGCCGAUUCGUUUCAAUCAACGAAAACGACGGGACGACGCGUCAACAGUGAUGCGAGUCCGUCGCGUUCCCGAUCGCCGACCGACCACACGAAUCGUCAACGUUUCGAGGAAUCGUUGGGCGCUACGUUAUGAGGCACGAGAUCGACUCUCGUGAGUGGAACAGCACUCGGGGAGAUUGAAAACAGGAUGCCGAUCGGAUGUGAAUUCGAAAACUAGCUAGCCUACUAUUCAAAAUGAUACUCCAGACGAUCAUCUUGAUCCUCUCCGCGAGGAUAUGCCACGGGAAUCCGGACGCGAAGAGGCUGUACGACGAUUUGCUGUCGAAUUACAAUCGACUGAUACGCCCCGUUUCGAAUAACAACGACACGGUGGUCGUUAAACUAGGACUUCGCCUGUCCCAACUGAUCGAUCUCAAUUUGAAGGAUCAAAUUCUCACGACCAACGUUUGGCUCGAGCACGAAUGGCAGGAUCACAAGUUUCAGUGGGACCCGGCAGAGUACGGAGGUGUCACCGAACUCUACGUACCGAGCGAGCACAUAUGGCUUCCCGACAUCGUACUCUACAAUAACGCGGACGGGGAGUACGGAGUUACCACGAUGACCAAAGCCAUCCUGCAUUACACGGGCAAGGUAUUGUGGACGCCUCCGGCUAUCUUCAAAUCCUCGUGCGAGAUAGACGUUCGAUAUUUUCCCUUCGAUCAACAAACUUGCUUCAUGAAGUUCGGUUCCUGGACGUACGACGGUAUUCAGAUCGACUUGAAACACAUCAAUCAAAACAUGGGAGACAAAGUGGAGAUCGGGAUCGAUCUUCGCGAGUACUAUCCUAGCGUCGAGUGGGACAUAUUGGGUGUUCCAGCUGAACGGCACAAGAAAUACUAUCCCUGCUGCGACGAGCCCUAUCCCGACAUCUUCUUCAACAUCACUCUACGCCGAAAAACGUUGUUCUACACGGUGAAUUUGAUCGUCCCGUGCGUGAGCAUCUCGUAUUUAUCCGUGCUCGCUUUCUACCUUCCCGCGGACUCCGGCGAGAAAAUCGCCCUCUGCAUCAACAUCCUGCUCUCCCAAACCAUGUUCUUCCUCUUAAUAUCGGAGAUAAUACCAUCCACCUCGUUGGCGUUGCCAUUGCUAGGCAAAUACUUGCUGUUCACCAUGAUCCUCGUCGGCCUCUCGGUAGUAAUAACGAUCGUUAUAUUGAACGUGCAUUACCGGAAGCCGAGCACUCACAAAAUGGCGCCUUGGGUGAGGAAGAUCUUCAUAAGGAGAUUGCCAAAGCUUCUUCUGAUGAGGGUGCCCGACGAUCUGUUGAACGAUCUCGCCGCGCAUAAGAUGCACGGAAGAGGAAGAUCCGGGAAGAAGAGCAAAUUCAACGCCGCCGUCGCUGCCGCAGUGCAAUCGUCCUCCAUAGUCUCGUCCCCCGAUUCCGCGCGUCAUCAACGAAUCGGCGGGUGCAACGGAUUGCACACGACAACCGCGCAUAACAGAUUCUUGGGGGGGAUCGGUGGAUACAAUGGACUCCCCACGGUGAUGUCCGGGCUGGACGAGUCCCUGAGCGACGUAACGCCCAGGAAGAAAUAUCCUUUCGAGCUCGAGAAAGCUUUGCACAACGUGAUGUUCAUUCAGCACCACAUACAACGGCAGGACGAGUUCAACGCGGAAGAUCAGGAUUGGGGUUUCGUAGCGAUGGUUCUCGACAGACUUUUCCUAUGGAUCUUCACUAUAGCAUCGAUCGUUGGCACGUUCAUCAUUCUCUGCGAGGCACCGGCCCUCCGCGACAACACGAAACCGAUCGACAUGGAAUAUUCCUCCGUGGCCCAGCAACAAUUCCUUCCUCACGAUGACUUUUUGGAAACUCUCGUGUAGAAAUUUUCUCGUGUCGGAGAGAAUGGGCAAAGGAUGUCCAUAGUACAAUUUCGCGUCAAUCAAAGAUAUUUUUCCUUCACUCUCUUGUUUCUCAACUUGUUGCGAAUUUGUCCAAUCGCGAAAAUCAACCACCCUUGGCUACAUACUUUUAUUAUACGUUUUAUUAGAAGAUGUAAGAUUCUCGAUAUCUCUAAAAGUACUCGACGGUAUAUAGUACUUGCGCGCACACGACGAUUAAGUGCUCUUGAAUUAACAAUAAACGUUAUUAUAAUCGUUCAACUAAACAAAAUAAUAACAAAAAGAAAAAAAAAAAAAAAAAGGUUGCAAUAUUACUUGUAGAAAUUUUGUAACAUCGAUUUUGAAUCGUAGAACGUACAAAACGGAGUAUCAAUUGCCCAUCAAAGUCUAUAUAUAAUAACGUACUAUAUAUAGGGAGAAACAUUUUCUGCUCGAAUCGAUAUCUUCCCGAUGAGCGAUCAAGAAAAUUGUUAUAUAGUAUAUAUACAUACAUUUUUUCAACUUAUUGAAAAGUAUAAAAUCAAUCUUUUUCAUUAAACGAAUUUCAAGAAAACGAAAUAUAUAUAUACAUAUAUUCGGACUCGUUCGAUAUCUUGUAUGACUAUAAAAAAUUAAAUAAACGACAAUUAUAAUGCA